GUGGCAGCGGAUCGGACUGCCCACUUCCGGGGUCCGACUUGGCCACAGACGUUUCUGUGGACGUCACAGAGCAGUGGCCGUCGGGCGGCCCCGUGGUGCCCCGAUGUCUCCUCGCUGAGGAGAACAACAGCUUGGUGGCACCUCAAAUUCUGGACUUCUUCCCGAAAGUCGGCGUGGCAGGUGAAACCGUUCUUGUGGAACUGACCGGCCGCCGAUUUCCGGAGAUCAUCCCGAUCGCUACCUGGCCGGAGACAAAUGCGAUACCAGUUAGCACUCCACACUCUUGA